GUUUGUAGAAUGAAGUAGGUAGUGAUUGGCUGCAGUGUAGCUCGCCAUGUCCGCUCAGUAGAGAGCCCGGAAAGGGGAUGACAACAUGAAUCUCAGGGGGCUCUUCCAGGAUUUCAACCCCAGUAAAUUUCUCAUCUACGCAUGCUUGUUGCUGUUCUCUGUUCUCCUCUCCCUGCGCCUCGACGGUAUUAUCCAGUGGAGCUACUGGGCAGUAUUUACACCAGUAUGGCUCUGGAAGCUAAUGGUGAUUGUGGGAGCCUCUGUGGGCACCGGAGUAUGGGCACAGAACCCUCAGUACAGGGCAGAAGGUGAAACCUGUGUGGAGUUUAAAGCUAUGCUUAUAGCGGUGGGGAUUCACCUGCUGCUCCUAAUGUUUGAAGUUCUAGUCUGUGAUCGAAUCGAGAGAGAAAACCACUACUUUUGGCUCCUAGUCUUUAUGCCGCUAUUCUUUGUGUCUCCGGUUUCGGUUGCUGCUUGUGUAUGGGGGUUUCGACAUGACCGGUCUCUAGAAUUGGAGAUCUUGUGCUCUGUUAAUAUAUUACAGUUUAUAUUCAUUGCACUAAGACUUGACCGCAUCAUUACUUGGCCAUGGCUGGUGGUGUGUGUGCCCCUCUGGAUCCUGAUGUCCUUCCUGUGUUUGGUGGUUUUGUAUUAUAUUGUCUGGUCCGUCCUUUUCUUGAGAUCGAUGGAUGUCAUAGCUGAACAAAGACGAACACACAUCACCAUGGCAGUCAGCUGGAUGGCUAUAGUAGUGCCAUUACUCACUUUCGAGAUUCUACUUGUGCAUCGGCUGGAUGAGCAUAACUCGUUCUCCUACAUCCCAAUCUUUGUUCCCUUGUGGCUUUCAUUGAUCACACUGAUGGCAACAACAUUUGGGCAAAAAGGAGGCAAUCACUGGUGGUUUGGCAUUCGGAAAGACUUCUGUCAGUUCCUGCUAGAGAUCUUCCCUUUCCUCCGGGAAUACGGCAAUAUAUCCUAUGACAUUCAUCACGAGGACAGUGAAGACGCAGAGGAAACGCCUGUACCAGAACCUCCUAAAAUUGCCCCGAUGUUCCGAAAAAAGACCGGGGUGGUGAUUACACAGAGCCCUGGCAAAUAUGUCGUGCCUCCUCCCAAGCUGAACAUUGAUAUGCCAGAUUAAGGAGACUUCAAGACAUGAAGAACUUGCCUAGGUGCACUUCCCUGUUUCCAGCCCGUGGGCAAAAGCAGCUCUUCACAAUGAGACCAGACUAUAUAUACACGCUACUGACCUCACUUUGUUUUUUGUUCUUUUGCUUUGUUUUUAAAAACUCGACUUUUAAAAAUGCAGCAUAACAUUACAUAUCAGUGCUGCUGCAUUGAGAUCUUCUCUCCCUGACCAUGUCAGCUCAGCUAACAGACGAUCAAUGUAGCUGUUCAUUACAUGCUUGGUCUUCUAGGAGUCAUGUCAUUGUACAUUGUUAUUUGGCAGACCUGUAAGGGUUAUUCUUGUGUUUGACGUGCAGCUAUUAGGGCAAGGCUCCUUCUGCUUUGGACAAAACUCUUGCAUUACCUACUUCAUACCACUAGUGUCAUUUUAUGUCUAAAAUAUUGACAUUAAAACCGGCACACUGCUUGUGUAGUAGUAAAUAUGGGGUCGUCCUUCUGC